ACAACGAUUCAUUGUUGCUUGGACGUGGCAGCCAUGACGUGAUUUUUUGACUUUGGAUGAACGUAAAACUUAGAAUUAUAAUAAAAAAAAUAUUUAAUUAAGUUACAGAAAGAAAAAAAAUAUUGAGAUUCCUUGAAAUUAUUGCUUUGCAAUAAACUCGAAAACGUGUUGUAUACAAUAACAAAAACAACGAAAUCAUUUAUUUUUUUUUUGUAUUAAGAAAAGAGUAAAAAGUGCCGGAACAAGAUUGUUAAAGAAAAAUCUUCAUUACUAAGAAAUCAAUUUUGCCACAAAUUACACGCGUCAGAGAUAUAAAGCAGCAUUAAAGCAACAAAAAUUUCUGGAAUUUUACAAAGUCAACAAAAAAAAACUACAUCUACAAAAAUAUCUACUAAAUCCACAAACAGCAAAAGAAAACAAAAAAAACAUCCACUAUUACUAAUAGAUUUUUUUUGCAUUGAAGAAAAAGAGUUACUACACGAAACACGUCCAAUAAUUUUUAACAUCAUCUAAAUAAGCAACAAUACAGGCAGAGAAUAACUAAAUAAUAUAGUAAAAUAACAACAACAAGUGAAACAUUAGUUUUCAAUUUUAUUUCAACUCUCUUCAGUCGGUGAGCAGCAACAAUAACAACAUCAAACAACUCACCAGACUUUGUAAAAAGAAAUUUACUAAAAAAAAACUCUGCCUUAAACAACAACAACAACACAACUAUUAUACCUAUAUAGUGAAAUUCUCUCUAAAUGAGUGUCACCAAACAGGCUAAUACAAAAACAAAUUGGUAUUAGAAAAUCCAAGGAUAAAUUUGUGAGGAAAUAUAUAAUCUGCCUUAAAUAAAUAUCAAGAGAAGAAAAGCUCACAAUAAAGGAGAUUGGAAAAGUCACCGAAAUUGUUAUAUAUUGUUACUAUUUGAAAGUCGAGAGCGAAAGAGAGAGAGAGAUCAACCAGAACGUCCCUUAAAAGAGCUUGCCAAAGUCAAACAAUCAAAAUUCUCCCGUCUUAAGUCAAACUUUAUCAUCACACACCAACCAACCACCUGAUAAGAUCGGUCGGUCCACACAGCAUUAACAACACAAACCCAGGCUUCCAUGCUUAAAAUUACUCAAAAAUAAGAACUUACAUUGAAGCUGUUAAGAACUUCAAAAAAACGUAAUUAAAGAAAAGUAAAUUGUGUAAAACACAAAACACCGUCAUAUAUUGCACAUUAAUAACGGAACUGCAUUCAAUCCCUUACCGAAAAAAGACGAAUUCUAAUUAUUUUUUUUAGAAGAUCAGAAAAGAAUACUUCCAAAACAGAGAGAAAAGAUUUUCCAAUAAAAUCUUCCUUUCAUUUUGUCAAAAUUAUCUAUUUUUUGGAUAAUAUUAAAAAAAAAGUUUUUUUUUUUCGUAAAAAAAUUCACCAAACGAAGUAAAACUGAAUUGUUUUGUCCAUCUAUAUAAUUCAAGGAACAAUAACAUCAAAAUUUGGAAUAUAAAAUCUUGGAAGAACUGAAAAUACUUAAAAUCAAUACCGCCGCGUGUCUGUCCUCUCUUCCGCAGUUACGCUGAGAGGCGUUAUGACAAAUUCGAUUGCGUCUGCAAAAUGCCCGUCUGUCCUAACGUACGGCAAAUAUGGUAUGUCACAGCGCAGCAUUAUCGAUGAUUCCAAAGAGUAUAUUUUUGUUAAACUUACUGAUUCGGCAUUACGUGCAAUUGAGGAGUAUCAGCGUAACGCUCAAUCGAAACGUUUACAAAAAGGACAAUGCGCCAAGAUACAAAUUAAUGGAAAUACUGGCGUUAUAAAAUUUCCACCCACAGCUGAUGGUUCAACAACAGCAAGCGGGCCAGCCGAUGGACGAAAGUUUGGAUUUGCUAUCGAUGAUGUUGAGGGCUCUUUGGAGUGCAUACAACAGGCGGGUGCCGAUUUCGAUGUAUUGGGAUCUCUUAAUUAUCGUAUGCGCAUACAUGCCAACGACGAUGUCUACGAUACGACAAGAACAAAAAUGGCCAUUGCCGAGGAGACGGAGAAGAGUAAAUGUAUUCGUGAGAUUAAACCUAAUCAGACAGACAUUGGACGAAAGGUGAAAAGACCCGUCUCGGCUGCAUCCAUACAGGCCUAUACGAAUGGUACGACAUCGACCUCGUCGACGUCGGCUUCGUCAUUGUUAAAUGGUCUAAGUAAUGUCAAUGGAAUAAGUGGCAGUAGCAGCAACAGCAUUAGUAGUAGCAUUAAUGGCAGCAGUAGUUAUUUAAGUAAUAGCAGCAACAACAACCACAUCAGCAGCAGUAGUAAUAAUAAUAGUCGUAAUAAAUUAUCAGCAACAUCGCUCAAUCAACAUUCACCGCCACCUGGUGGUGCUGGCGGAGGAGGUAGUGGCAGUGGAGUAGGUGUAAAUGGUUCACGUUUGUUAUCAAAUGCCUCCUCUCUGCGCUCUUCCCCCAAUCCGUCUCUAAUAGGUGGCAGUGGUACCGUUGGGGGCAGCGUCGGCAGUGGCAAUGGCAACAGUACUAAUCGUUAUGGCAGUCCUUCAAAUCUCCCUUCUUCCAACUUACCCUCGUUAUCUUUAAAUAUGACAAAUGGCAUUGGUGGUUAUUCCCCACCAGAUUCUGGCAUUAGCAAUAAUCACAUGCCGCCGGCUUCAUUGCAUUCACAGCAAAAGAAGACGAACAUUGGCAACGGUGCCAACAGCAGAGGUAAUGGUUCAGCCACCGGCAAAGGUUCUGUCGGCGCAAAUGGCAAAGUGAAUGGGCUCUCGAAUGGCAAAACUCUUGAUGUCUCACGAAGGAAAAUCCGCGAACGUCUAAUACACUUGUUAGCUUUGAAACCAUUCAAAAAACCCGAACUCUAUUCGAGACUGCAGAAUGAGGGCUUGGCUACACGAGAGCGACAACUGAUCAGUACGAUACUCAAAGACAUAUCGACAAUGUCGCGUGACAAUACAUACAACUUGAGACGUAGCAUGUGGAAUGAUGUUGACGAAAAUUGGCCAUUUUUCUCGGAACAAGAGAUCCAACUAUUGAAAAGACGUAAGCCUCAGAAUCUAACACCACCUAUGAGCUCGGAUGCCUGUAGUUCAACGUCGGGCCAAAGUCCGACUUCAUCUACCCAUACGGGAAGUCCGCCCCCAUUGGUGGCACCUACCAAUAUGAAUGGUGUAGGUGGUGGUGGCGGCAUAAAACGAACUAGUCUAGAGCCAGAUGUGUAUGAUGGGGCCUUAACCUUGGGUACGCAACCGAAAAAACAACGUAUAAGCCAUUACAAGAAAGAUGGCAGCAGUAGUGUUAGUAGUAAUAUAAUAAGUAACAGCAAUUUGGGCACUGGCGCAAGAAUGGUUAUGGGAGGAGGAGGAGCAGUAGGAGGUAUUAGUAGCGGUGGUGGUGGUUCUUCGUAUAAUCCAAAUCAUCGUUCCUCAUCUGCAGCUUAUUCUCCCCACACCUACAAUACAGGCAAUAACAAUGGCAACGACGAGAAUUCUGGAAAUUCUGAUUUAACAUUUAAUGUGCUCAAUAAUAUGGAUGACUUUAUACAGCAUACGGCUGUGGUGGGAGGCGAUUCAACUUUUACCGGACGUAGUAAAACUACAGCGGGUAACAAUAAGAUUUCACCAUCAUCAAUUAGCAGUAGUUCCAACAACAUCAACAACAGCAGCAGCAAUAGUACAACGUCCUCAACGACUGCGAAAGAGAAACGUAACUCUGGCGGUAGUAGUAGUUCAUCCAGUGGUUACGGCAGCAAUCGUGAAUCUUCGUCAACGUCAUCAUCUUCAACCUCAGCCAUGCGUCAAAAAAAUUCCCCAACGCCAUAUGCUAAUAAUUUUGUGCCUGAAACUAAAAUUUCUUCAAACUCCAAUGGUAGCAGCAACAGCAGCAAGUUAAACAAACAAAAGCAGCAAGUGCAAAGACAACAACAGCAGUCAUCUCCUAGCUACACAAACAACAACAGUAAUAACCAACAUCCUCAUAAAUCAAGCAGCAGCUGUAGUAUUGGCAUACCCAACAUUAACGAUGACUAUUCACCACCAUUAGCACCACCAAUACCCUCUGCCCAUUCAACGACAAACCACAACACAAACACAUCAUCUAGCCGAUCGCGGCACCAAUUAACGUCAACUGGAACAACAAAUGGUCGCAGUGGUGAAUCGUCGUCGUCGUCGUCAAGUAAACAUUCAAAAUCUUCAACGGCGACUCAAAAGCAUUUCAAUAAACAUCAUAGUAGUAGCAGUAACAGUAAAAAUAAUCCAGGUACGACUAAUGUUCAACAACAGCAGCAAAACAACAACAAUAAUCACCAACAUCCUCAAACGCAGCAGCAACUGCAGCUGCAAGAAGAUCAGCAAGCGUUGUACAAUGCUGCGCGUACACCACCCCAAACUGCCUCGCAUUCAUCGCAACAAAGCCAACAGCAAGAACACUCUUCGCCCACACAACAAAUUGCCGCCGCUGCCUCGACAUUUUCGUUAACCAACCACCCCACACCAUCGGGAGACGCACCUCGCUAUGAUUUUAGCGGUUACACGGCCAUUACAAGUAUUGAACAGAGGCGAAAAUACAAGACUGAAUUUGAGAGUGACUACGAUGAGUAUCGUAAACUUUUGGCACAAAUCGAAAGUGUUGGACAUCGGUUUCGUGAAUUGGCUGAUCGUUUAAGUCGUGUACAACAGGGUUGUAUCGAUUACUAUAAUAUUAAGGAUCAAAUUGUUUCUGAAUACAAUCGCAUACGCAAAGAAGAGGCCAUAAAUCGCGAUAAACAGAGAUUUGACUAUUUGCACGAGAAAUUGGCACACAUCAAACAAUUAGUUAUGGAUUAUGAUAAGAAAUUAACCAGUGGUUUGGCGGCUCCCACAACCACUACAACAAAUCAACAACAGGAGCCACUAAACCAACAGCAACACCAGACACCGGUUACAAACACUUCAGCUCACUUAUCACCAAUGCUACAGAGCAGUGGCGAGAGCAAUCAUUCACCUCCUUUGGUGAUAAUCAAUCCUACGACUGUGAGUGCUGCACAAACCACUAAGAAUUCUUCGUCGUCCCAUGCUAAAAAGAGUUCAAAACAUCAUCAGAAAAAUCACCAGCAGCAGCAUCUACAAUUGCAGCAACAAGAACAUUAUCAACAACAUCAUGAACCUGAAACGAUACAAAUGGAUGAUGACGACGAUGAUGAUGAUGACGAGGGAAUGUUAAUGCAAUAUCAUACUGAUGAUAUUGGUAGCGAUGGUGGUCUUAUUGUUGCAAAUCAUUUAAAUCGCCCACAACACGGUACAACUCCUGCAACUAUAACACAUUCAGCAAAGCGAAAGCAUCAGCAAGAACAGCAGCACCACCAACAUCAGCCUCCACCACCACCAUCAACACAACAAAAUCACAAUCAUACUAAUGAUUCCGAUUCUGAUAGUGACUCAAGCUCAUCCUCUUCAUCCAACGACGAUGAUAACUCAGAUGAUGAUAAUUCUGAUGCUUCAGACGACGAUGAUGAUAACUCUGAUGAUGAUGAUUCCAACGAUGAUGAUAAUGAUAACCAAUGAUCAAGACCAUAGCAAUGUACCCUUGUUUUACUGAUGAUGACGACCAAACGCAAACAAACCACUCUUAUUAUUAUUGUUCUUCAACACUACUACUACUUCUUCGGUUUAUAUGUGUAAAAUAAUUAUUAUUUUUUUUUAAAUUUUAAAAUAAUAUAAAUGCAAAACAAAUAAAAAUCGAAAUGUAUAAACUAAUUAAUAAAUGAGCAUACUGAGAAAAACUAGGAAAUAUAUAGGGAAACGAAAAUGAAAAUAAAUUCAACCAAUUUGUUGUUCAUUUUUUUUAUUAUAAAAUUCAAGUUCCCGAUUUUAUUACAACUUUUGAAAGGCGUGUAGGUGUUAAUACAAGAACUUUUUCUUUAAUUAUUUAUAUUUCUUGUUAAUAAUGAAUGAUAAAAUUUUGAAGGUGUUUUCAAAAAAAAAGAUAUAAAUAUAAAAUUAAAAGAAAUUUUUAUAUAACAUCUAACAAUUACUUCAUCAAGUUCAGUUCGAUUUAUAAUUUAUUGGAAAAUUAAACUUAUAAGAAUUUUGAGAAGUGCUUUAAAUUUUUUAAAUAACUUCUUUGUUAUAGCAUUUUCGACCAGGCUAUUAAAAAGUGAAAUAUCUCUAAUAAAAUCAUGUCAAAGCUUAAUUAGUUAGAAAAAGUAUUUGUAAUAUUCGAAAAUUUAAUUUAUUUUCCAAUAGCGCAUUUUUAUCGAUAAUUGUUAAUGACAAACAUAUUCUUUCGAAUAUUGCAUUAUUUAUCUACUAUAUUUCCAGCCGUUAGACAUUUUCAUAUUGUAAUUAUCAACAAUAAUGUCAUAUAUCAUGAUAUUUAAACACCUUGCAGUACUAAUGCAUAAUACAAUUCGAAUGAAAUAAUUUCGGAUUAUUCUAUAUGCUUUUAAAACAUUUUUACUAUGACAUCUUGGAUUUUGUAGCAAAUUUGUUCAGAAGACGGUAUUAAAUUGCUGCGUAAAUCGAUUAAAAGUAAAAUAUCCAUCCUGAUUUUUCAUAUUUGAUAGACAUAAUACGUAUACAUACAAGCUCUAAUAGGCUCGAUUGUUAAUUAUGAAUUAUAAAAAUUAUACAAAUUUGUUAACGUUUUCCCCAAAAUGUAAGAUAGUCUGGGGCAUAGAGAACAUAGAGCGGAAACUCGAAAAAAACUCAAACAAAAAAAUUACUCAAAAAAGUUACACAUACGAGUGUUGUUUUUGUUUUCACAUAGGUUUUUUUUUACUAAUACAUUCUCACCACUUAGGUUUUUGUCAACUGAGUUAGGUCUUUGACAGGAGAGUUUCCGCUCUAUGUGUUUUCUCUAUGGUCUGGGGUGCCAUAUCGCAAUUCAAUUCGAAAUUACAAAAAUAUUGAGUUCAUUGUCUUGAAAGACAAACAAGUAUUAUGAAUAUUUAAAAAAAUCAAUGUAAGUUAUCAAUUUCUGUUAAAUAUAUUUGUGGUAAUUUAAAAAAUGCCAUUCGAAAAUUCAAACUACAUAUGAUGUACUUGUAAUUGUUUAAAAUUUAAAGAUAAAUUUAUCAUUACUUUAUAAUUAAACGGAUAUUAUGAAAAUACAUAAUGAAAAUAUUCCAAUUCGUAUAAAAUCAAUUUAAAACGAAUAAAGCAGAAUUAAUCCUUUUUCACAUUAAGGUAUAUUCGUUCUUUCCCCCUUUUCUAUGUUUCACCGAAGACCGCUCAUUUUUUAAUUAGUUUAUAUGUUUCCAAAAAAAUAUAUAAAUAUAAAUAAAAAACAAACAAAACAAAAACCUUAAGCAAAAACAAUUCAAACUAAAUACAUGAAAAACAAAAUAUGUUGAAAUUAUUUGUAAGCAUAAGUGAACUUAUACACAUAUUUGCAAGCAAAAAAAAAAACUCCUCAAAAAAAUUAUAAGAAAAUAAAAAAGAAUUUUUUUUAUAUACUAUAUAAUAAAUUUAUAUUUAAUUAUUAAAUAAUAAUAUUAAAAAAAACUCCCAAAAACAACAACAAAACACUAAAGUGUAAAACGCAAAAGUUUGUAGCUACACAUAAAAUCUUAUUUUUUUUAAUAAUUGUGUAAUAAUUAGCCAUGUAAGCCUUUUAUCAUUUAUUAUUUUUAAGUUAAAACAAAAAUUAUCUGUUUUAUUUUUCUGUUUUCAAAUUAAAAUAAACAAAAAAGCAAUUUUA